AGGUGUGAACGCGCGCAGCUGGCUCUUCGCUCUCUGCUGUGACACACAUGGAGUUGGUUUGACUCGGAGUUCAGGGCUGAAAACAGGAAGAAAUCACGUCUUUCUUUGUAUCUGCAAUGAGAGAACAGACUGAAAAUGGAGAAAACUCAACAAACUCGCAGAGCGAAAUCCUGAUCAACCAGCUGAGGGAGAUCACUGGCAUCCAUGAUCCACAGACUCUCUACAAAGCCUUGAAUGCCAGUCAGGGUGACAUUGGUCAUGCUGUUGGACUGCUGACAACCCAGUCUGCAGAGGUUCAGGAUCCUGGAGAACCACAGGAGUUAGCGACCUCUGCAGAGGCCUGGGAGGGCCAGAAAGAACUUCCUAAAGAUGAACUGCAGACGGCCAUCGAGCUCAGCCUGCAGGAGUCCCACAAUGCCCAGGAGGAGGAGAGAGAAUUUAACAGGGCUCUGGAGGCCAGCGCCGAGGAGAAUGCAGCGAGAAUGAAGAGGAAGAGGUGUGAAGCCCAGAGUGAGAUGUGCAGCCCUGCAGACUGGAUCCGUCAGGACGACUGGCCCGUGGGCAUUCGCAAUGUUGGCAACACCUGCUGGUUCAGUGCCGUCAUCCAGUCAUUGUUCCACCUUCCCGUGUUCAGGAGGCUUGUUCUCAGCUACCAUCUGUCUGAGCGAAUCCUGGAGAAGUGUAAGAGCCAUUCUGACAAGAGGAACAUAGCCUUCAUGCAGGAGCUGCGCUGUCUGUUUGCCCUCAUGGUGGGCUCCACUCGCAGGUUUGUGGAUCCUUCUGCUGCAGUGGAGUUGCUGCGAGACGCCUUCAGGACCAACGAGGCCCAACAGGAUGUCAGUGAGUUUUCCCACAAACUGCUCGACUGGCUCGAGGAUGCAUUUCAGCUGGCUGCCAAUGAUAAAGUAGAAGACAAACAACUAAACCCCAUGGUCCAGCUUUUCUAUGGUACCUUUGUGACAGAACGAAGACAUGAAGGUAAGACGUUGUGUAAUAUCGAGCAGUUUGGCCAGUACCCGCUGCAAGUCAACGGCUUUAACAACCUGGACGAAUGCCUAGAAGGAGCUAUGGUUGAGAAGGAUAUUGAGUCACUACAUUCAGAGCACAACGUCACAUGUGCCCGAGAGAGAUGGUUCAAAAAGUUACCACCAGUCCUGACAUUUGAACUGUCCAGAUUUGAAUUCAACACCCAGCUCGGUCGUCCCGAAAAGAUACACAAGAAACUGGAGUUCUCGCAAAUCAUUUAUAUGGACAGAUAUCUUCACAAAAACAUAGAACAGACCCAUGAGAGGAGAGGAGAAGUGAAAAAACUCAAGGAGCAACUUGCAGCCCUUCAACAGAAACUUGAGUGCUACAAAAACUAUGGCUCCGGACCUACCAAGUAUCCUCUGGCUGACAUGCUGCAGUUUGUGCUGGAGUUCGCUACCACCAAGCCUUCAAGUGUUUCCCCAGCUGAAGAUCUGAGACCAGCUUCUCCGACUCCUGCGAGCCGGGACCCCCUCAGUGAACUCAUCUCCAAAGACAACAGUGAACCUGGAGACGAAGAUUCACCGGAUGGUCUGGUUUCCAGUGUUUCCAGUUGCCAGCGGACCCCCAUAUACAAGCCCUUCACUCAGUGCAGACUCCCCAUUGACUGCCCACCACACCCAGCGCCCCACAGCAUCACUGAAGAAGAGCUGCACUUUGUUAAGAACUGCCUGCAGCGCUGGAGGACCGAAGUAGAGAAUGACAUAAAUGAGCUAAAGGCCAGCAUCGACAGGCUCUCUCAGAUGCUGGAGGGCAUGUACGGAGACAACAAUCUCUGCCAGGCACCCUACAGACUCCAUGCAGUGCUCGUCCAUGAAGGCCAGGCAUCAGCAGGCCAUUACUGGGCCUACAUCUACGACCACGCCAACAAGCGCUGGAUGAAGUACAAUGAUGUCAGCAUCACUGAGUCAUCAUGGGAGGAGCUGGAGAGAGACUCAUUUGGGGGCAUGACCAACGCCAGCGCCUACUGUCUGAUGUACAUCGAUGACAGGCUACCCAACCUUAUUACAGAAGACACAGAUGAUGAGACAGGCCAGAUGCUGCAUGGCAUGGACUCCCUGCCGCCCGUCCUCAGACGCUACGUCCACGAAGACAACCGCUGGUUCCAGCAGGAGCUCAGUGAAUGGGAGGAGCAGUUCUGCCAGACCGCCGCCCCACAGGGAGAAUCUACAGCCUCCCCAGAGCCCCCCGAUCCCAGUCCAGACGAUAUAGAGCAGACACCAGUUGAGCCAGCGCCCCAGUCAGGACCAGCCACUGAGGAGCUGGACGAGGGAGCUUCUUCAGAGCCACCACCAGACCCAGAAGCAGAGAAGGAUCCAGAGCCUGAUCCCAAAGAGAAGCCUGAAGAAGAAUCAGAGUCAACACCACCACCACCACCACAGAGCCCCGGCUGCCAGCCAGACGACACCAGCAGUGCGUCAGUCACUGACACCCUAGGGCCCAGCCAGAGCGUCACCUCAGCUGAGACGGAGCUUCAGAUUCAGACUCCUGGCCCUGAAGCAGAGCUUAGUAACCCGGCACCGUCUGACCUCCAUGUGGAGAAGGAGGACACACAGGCGGCAGGCCUCAGCUCUAAAGCUGAACGCGAGCCAGAGGCUUCCAGAGAAGCUCCUGAACAUGAAGCAAAGCAGCAGGAGGAUGAGGAGCAGCAGCAGGAGGUCCCGGCCAGACAGCGACAGACUGAGAACGAGGUCUCGGAGGUGGAGAUCCCCAACGUGGGCAGGAUCAUGGUGAGAGCUGAUGCUGAUGGAUACAAUGAAGAGAUGAUGCUGACUCCAGCUAUGCAGGGCGUCAUUCUAGCCAUCGCCAAGGCCAGACAAACUUUCGAUAAGGACGGCCCUGAGGCUGGCCUCAUCAAGGCCUUCCACGAGGAGUAUUCCCGCUUGUAUGAGCUCUCCCAGGAGGAGAUCACACCCCAGGAGGACGCUCGCCUGCAGCACGCUCUGGUCUACUUCUUCCAGAACAAGGCACCCAAUCGCAUUAUUGAGAGGACGCUGCUGGAGCAGUUUACCGACCGCAACCUGAGCUUCGACGAGAGGGCCAUCAGCAUCAUGAGGGAAGCACGAACCAAGCUGCGCCUCAUCAAGCCAGAGGACAUGGACAUGGAUGAGUACUUGCAGUGGCAUGAUGACUACAAGAUGUUCAGAACGGUGUUUGUCUACUUGCUGACUGGACUGGAGCACUACCAGCAUGGGAAGAUGCGGGAGGCACUUAUCUUCUUGGCUCAUGCGUACGAGACCAACGACACCCUGCUGAAGAACGGAGAGACACGUGGCGUGGACAAGUCUCUUAUUGCCGUUUACAGGAGGAAAUGCCUCACUGCCUUGAAUGAAAGCGCAUCAAAGCUUUUUUGCAGCGGUGAGGAGCCCAAUGUGGAGGAGGGCAUCGCCAUCAUGGACGAUGCCGUCAUCCCCUGCCUUCAGCUGAUGAGCCGGGACUCGUCUUUAUCACAGGAAGACCGGGACGCCAUGGAGAACAUCCGCAGCCACUGGUGCUGCUGCCUGGGCCAGGACAUGGACGACUCAUUGCAGGUGAAGCUGGGCGAGUUUCUGCCCCGGGUUCUGGACGGUUCAGCUGAGACAGUAGUUCUUAAAGACCCACCCAAAGUCCAAGUCAACCAGGCCCACGACCUGUGCAGUCGCCUGGCCGCGGUCAUGGAGUCCAUCCACAGCACCUCGAUAGUCAGCGUUAAGUAAAGCUCUGAAUGAAUCCCCCAACAACCUGAUCGAACCGUGCGUCCAAACCUGCAAGCAACUUGGCCGAUAGCUCGUUCUGUGCUGACAGACUGUGGGGUUGAGACAGUUUUCAACAAGCCAAAUCAUGUAUUUCAUUUUACCUGCUGGUUUAGUAUUGCACAUGCACAUCAUUUUGAUGGUUUAACAUAGCAAGCUGUAAGCACUCCUUAUACAAAAGAGGCCCAAAUGGUAGCAGUCCACUGUAAUUUUUGUCUCCCAUGACCCGCAGAACUGACAACACUUAUUUGUUUGUGUCUAAAACCAGGUUUUAUACCUUCUGCCUCCGACUCAACUUUGAAUUCAUCCUCUUGGAGUUGGUACCCACGCUAAAAAGCACAUUACUCCGUUCUGGUACUACGUAGUGGCUCUGAUCUUUAUCCCUAAAAACUGCACAGAGAACUGUAAAGAUUUAUAUUGCUGUAAUCAGUUUCUCGUCAGCCGAAUAAUUCAUAAAACCAACGUGCUGAACAAACAAGACGUCAUCAGUAGGAGAACAGGGAAGCUUGAAACUCUGAUUGGCACUCUGAAUGUGUUUUAUUGUCCGGCAAACUUAUUAACUUUAAAUACCGGCGACGAUUGUCACUCAACUCAGCAGGAUGUGACUGGAUUUGUUGUUGUGUUGCUAAGCAGUGUGAACGCACAAUAAGGCCUUUAUACAGGGCUUUAACAAAAAAAAAAAAUCACUAGAUUUGAACUGCACAGUAACAAAUGCAUUUUUAAAUAUAUGUUUUAUAUUACUUUGUAUUUUUCUAGCUAGAAAUAAAGAUAUCCACAGUUACUUUUAUGCGUAAAACAUUAAUGGCAGGGCUUUCUGUACAACUUUAAAAAGAGCUGUCACGCGCUCACAUGUGCAGAUCGCUUUAAAUCUGUGUACUUGAACUAUUAAACAGUGGAAACUCUUCUUUGAUCGAGCUUGACAGUGUCCUGUUGGACAGCUCUUUGCUUAACAGAUGUGCCUUUUCUCCCCUUUUUUGAAGGGUUCUUUGUAAACCAUGUAAACCCUUUGAAAGGAAAGACAUGAGACAAGAGCUGAAAUCCUUUUUUAUGCCUCUGCGUCGGUGACAGCCGUUUGCCGGAGGAAUUAUGUUUUUGGGUUGUCCGUCCGUUCGUACCAUUUUCAUGAACAACGUGAUAUCUCAGGAACGCCCGGAGGGAAUUUCUUCAAAUUUGGCACAAGCGUCCACCUGGACUUAAAGAUGUGCUGAUUAGAUUUUGGUGGUCAAAGGUCACUGUGACCUCACAGAAAAAGUUUUUAGUCAUAACGCAAGAAUUCAUAUGCUAAUUAUGACAAUUUUACACAAAUAUCUAACAGAAUAAAAUGAUGAAGUGAUGUAAUUUUCGACAGACAUGGAUGUAAACUGCAACUUGACUUGAUUGGCGGAGGCAUACAACCGUGAGGCGGUAAUUCUAGUUUUUUCUGGUGUCCCAAAUGCAACGCAGUAUCACGAAUGAAUCUUCUGAAUCAGGAUUUUCAGGCCAGCAACAACAAACAUUUCUGGCUGCUGAUUUCACACUGCUUUUUUCACUUGUACUCUGUGAUGAUACUCAAUAAAUGUUUUAAAUACUCUG